ACCAUUAUCCUUUCUUCCUCCACACGCCACCCUACAAAUUUAAAAGAGAUGGAUCCGACAGAGCUAAAACGUGUGUUCCAAAUGUUCGACAAGAAUGGCGACGGGACGAUCACGGGGAAAGAGCUGAGUGAGACACUGCGAAGCCUAGGGAUUUACAUACCCGACAAGGAGUUGACUCAAAUGAUCGAGAAGAUCGACGUGAAUGGUGACGGGUGCGUGGACAUAGACGAGUUUGGUGAGCUUUACAAGACGAUAAUGGACGAGGAAGACGAAGAAGAAGAGGACAUGAAGGAAGCUUUCAAUGUUUUUGAUCAGAAUGGAGAUGGGUUUAUAACCGUGGAUGAAUUGAAGGCGGUUUUGUCUUCCUUGGGGCUCAAACAAGGUAAGACCUUGGAUGAUUGUAAGAAGAUGAUAAAGCAAGUGGAUGUUGAUGGUGAUGGUAGGGUUAACUACAACGAGUUUAGACAAAUGAUGAAAGGCGGUGGUUUUAGUUCUUUGUAGCUAAUUAAUAUGGUUUUUUUUUCUGGCAUUUUUUGUGUUUUAUGAACCAUUGAUUUAAUUCUAUUGUUUUAGGAAUGAAAGGCACAAAAGAAAAAAGAUCUUAUUAGUAAUUGACUGCAUUCUUGUUCUGUUUUCCUAGUGAAAAUUUUAGUUUGUCUUUUAUAAAUGCGUUUGAUUUAA